CCGAAGAUGGGAGGCCGAGUCUGGAUCGCAAUGUUGCUUCUGGCAGUGAUUGGAGUUCAAGGGCUGAUCCGGAUCCCACUGCAAAAAUAUCCAUCUGUCCGCAACCGAUUUGGCCGGUCUGGUGUUCCCAUUGCUGAGGUGUUAAGGCGAGCAGGAGUCAGGUCUGCAAAGGCCUCAAGUUCUUCUUUAGUCAUCCAUCAGCGUCUCCACAAUUACAUGGAUGCACAAUACUACGGAGACAUCUGCAUUGGAACCCCAAAACAGUGCUUCAGUGUCGUCUUUGAUACAGGCUCGUCCAAUCUGUGGGUGCCUUCCUCCAAAUGUUGUCUCUUCCAUCUGGCAUGCUGGGUUCACAGCCACUAUCGGUCCUUCUUUUCCCGCACUCACAAACCCAAUGACUCCAAAUUUGCAAUUCACUAUGGAAGCGGCAGUCUCAAAGGGUUCUUGAGUGAGGAUGUUCUUAGCAUCGGUGACCUGACCGUUCAGAACCAAACAUUUGCUGAAGCCACAGAUUUGCCGGGACUGGUUUUCGUAGCUGCAAAGUUUGAUGGCAUCAUGGGGCUGGGUUAUCCCACAAUCUCAGUGAACAACAUUACUCCACCUUUUGAUAAUAUGAUGAAGCAGAAGCUACUUAAAGAGAAUGUAUUCUCAUUUCAACUCUGCAACACUAAAAAACUCACUCCACAAGCCAAAGGUGGUGAAGUUAUUUUUGGAGGGAUCAACCACAAUGCCUAUGAGGGAGAAUUACAUUACAUCCCAGUGUCGCGCAAGGCCUACUGGCAGAUCAAGAUGGACAAGAUAAGUGUGGAUAAAAAAUCUGGGGAGAAAAAAAGCUGGCCAUGGAAAUGGUUUGACAAGGAUGAAUCAAUUCAAAUAUGCAAGGAUGGUUGCCAAGGCAUUGUGGACACCGGCACUUCCCUUAUCACGGGGCCAAGUAAAGAGAUCCGGGCUUUGCAUGAGGCUCUUGGGGCCAGCCAUGCCUUUGGAGGGCAGUACUUGAUGGAUUGUGACAAACUCUCUGAGUUACCAAAUGUGACCUUUCAGCUAGCUGGCAAACCCUACACCUUGACCCCACAAGACUAUACUCUCCAGGUGUCUCAGGCAGGAGUAAGUACCUGCAUCAGUGGGUUUAUGAGUCUUGACAUCCCUAAGCCUGUUGGCCCACUCUGGAUCCUGGGGGAUGUUUUCCUUCGGCGAUAUUACUCUGUCUUUGACCGAGACCAUGACCGAAUUGGCUUAGCUGUUUCGAAACAAAGUGCAUGCGGUGCCAGUUCUGACACAGAAGAAACCACAACGGCUCCUGCCACAGAGGAACCAACUGCAGCUCCAACCACAGAGACUACCACUGCUGCCAGUGAGGCUGGAGAGUGUUAGCUGUCUAGUGUUGUCUGGUGCUGACAAGAGGAACAUGAUAAGAGAGGUUUGAGAGGCAUUGUUUGAUAGCAGGCAGAUUGGAUUUCAUGGCAUGGGAUCUGAACUCACUGUUUCUGAAAAUAAUUCAGUUUUCAAAAGAAAAAAGUUUCUAACCCUCAUGGUAGCAGAGGAAAAUAACCAUCAUGGCAUGAUGAGAUUGCAAUCUGGGACUUCCCCUUUUCGUUUUAAAGAUAUUCCCAAAUUGGGAAAGUAAGUGUCCAGGGGUUUUCCCACUUGGCUUGCUUCCACUCCUGUCUUUAAUCCUUCACUCCCACUUCUUGAACGUUGAACUCCUAAUUGAGAUUAUGCAUGGGAUUGCUUAAGUUGACAAAUGACUUGAAGGCACAUAUACACAAACAUGCAUGUCCCCUCAGAAACAAUUCUGCUCAGGUCACUAAGACAGACUUCCAAGCAAAUGCGGUUAGGAUUGUAGCAUAUAGAGACUCCUACUUGACUUUGCACAAAUGGCUCAGGCAACAGGACCAUGAGGCAAUGUGUAAGAGAGGCAGAUGUGAUGGCUGCUUCCUUUCCUGAAAGUAAGAUUCCCCAAAUGGCAAGAUGGCAGCCCCAGUAUCCGAGGAGAUGGGCAAUGUUUUUGUGAGACUAGAGGAGCAGAGGAGUUCUUUGUGUCACUUAAUUGCUCAGCCUUCAAUGAUUCAUUAGCUGAAUGUUGGAGGUGAUGCAACGAACUGGCUUCCUUCCUGCUUUUUUUUAAACAGAUCAGUAGGUGCUUUUGGGGCAUGGGAGCCAAGGAUAAUGAA